AUGCGCUGCUCCACUCUCAGCCUCCUCUUCCUCCUCACGCAGGACUUCCUCCCCUGCCUUCAGGCAGAUGGGCUGACGAUCCCAAAGGCCAACCCUGGCCGGAAGAGGCAGAAGAGGGACUGGGUGAUCCCUCCAAUCAACUGCCCUGAGAAUGAGAGGGGGCCCUUCCCCAAGCUGCUGGUUCAGAUCAAAUCCAACAAGGACAAAGAAACCAAGGUUUUCUACAGCAUCACGGGGCAGGGCGCAGACACCCCCCCUGAGGGCGUCUUCAUCAUCGAAAGGGAGACGGGGUGGCUGAAGGUGACAAAGCCGCUGGACAGAGAAGACAUCAGCUACUACACGCUCUUUUCCCACGCUGUGUCUGCGAAUGGGCAGCCCGUGGAGGACCCCAUGGAGAUCAUCAUCACUGUGAGUGACCAGAACGACAACAAACCCCAGUUCACCCAGAGCGUCUUCACAGGCUCCAUAGAAGAAGGAGCCAAGCCAGGUACCUCCGUGAUGCAAGUGACAGCCACAGAUGCAGACGACAGUGUAAACUCCUACAAUGGGGUCAUUGCUUACUCCAUCCUGCAGCAGAUACCUGAAAAACCCCACAGCCAGAUGUUCACCAUCAACUCUGAGAAUGGCAUCAUCAGUGUGAUUGCAACUGGGCUGGACAGAGAGAUUGCCCCUCAAUACAGGCUGAUAGUGCAGGCUGCAGAUCUGCAGGGACAGGGGUACACAGCCUCCGCCACUGCUGUCAUCGAGGUGCAGGCCAGAAACGUGCCCGAGGCCCCUAGUGGCUCCCUGACCACCCACGUGUUGAACACUCUGACGGGCCAGCCCGCAACAGGCCUGGCCACGCACCUGUCCCAGCUCAAAGGCCCCGGGCUGCAAUGGAUGGAGCUGAUGAAGAGCUCUACCAAUGUGGAUGGGAACUGCUUGCUCUUCCAGGCUCCUGAGCAGGUGAAGGCUGGCACAUACAAGCUGCACUUCGACACUGGAGCUUACUGGCAGCAGCUGGGGUACACUAGCUUCUACCCCUAUGUGGAGGUUGUCUUCACGGUCACAGAGCAAACCCGGAAGCUGCACAUCCCUCUGCUGAUCAGCCCCUUCUCCUAUACCACCUACAAGGGGAGCUAGAGCACAAGGCAGAGCAGGUCGGCAUGGUGCAGGAACUAGUGUGUCCCCCCCCCCCGCUGGCCUAGCCUUGGCUCCAGAGAUGGGCCAGAGGAAGUGAGGUGAGGGAGGGCUCAGGAUGGGCUGUGCUAUUAAAGGGUUCUUCCAGCAGCACUUGCCUUAGCCUGACACACUCAGCCGCUCGUUAGCGAGCUCCGCAGAUCCGAGUGGUAAAACAGCCAUGGAGAUGGAUAGCUGUGUUCCAGGAAGGGCAGAGUGGCUCUGCUGCUCAGGGGCCCAGUUCUCCCUGCUGGUGAGCGCAGUCCCUCCAGAGCCAGCAGGGCUCAUCCCUCUUCCCGAGGCCAAGAGCUGUUGGCAUAUGGAGGAGAGCCAUGCAGGCCUCUGGGCUCCAGUCCCUGCCCAGUUGGGAGGCCUAUGGGUGCAGGACUGGCUGAGAACAGGCUGCAUGUGGAUGCCAUGGGUGUGGGUCUGGAGUGGCGACACCCCUCUACUUAUAGUGCUGUGGUACUCAGGGCCAGCUACCAGCUGUCUCUGGCUGGCACGUUCUCCAGGCAAAGGAACACUGGGCUCCAAAGGAAUGCUGAGG